GUAUAGCCCAUCUUUCACUCUCUACCCCACCACUACUGCCACUUGGAGGGACCAGGUGUUUUCCACCUACUUUGCCUCUCUUUGAAUAUCUUUCCUCCAGCUAAAAGGUCUUGGCUGUGACCCACAGCUCCAGUCAUGGCACCUAAGAAGAAGAGCGCUAAAAAGAACAAAGGGGAUAUAAAUGAAAUGACCAUUAUAGUGGAAGAUGGCCCGAUGAACAAACUAAAUGGGCUGAACACUCUUUUAGAAGGGGGAAAUGGCUUUAGCUGCAUCUCCACUGAAGUUACUGACGAUUUGUAUGGGACAAACCUCAUGGAAGGCCUGAGCAAGACGAGGCAGGAAGGCUUUUUGUGCGACUUGACCAUGGCCACCAAGACAAAGUCUUUCAGCGUUCACAAAGUGGUGAUGGCCUCCUGCAGUGAAUACGUUAAAAAUGUCCUCAAAAAGGAUCCAUCCAUCCAAAGACUGGAUCUCAACGAUGUAUCGCCUACUGGCCUGGCCUCAGCCAUCACAUAUGCCUACUCAGGGAAGCUCACCUUGUCGCUGUACACCAUUGGUAGCACCAUCGCCACUGCCAUUUUCCUGCAGAUCCAGAGCCUUGUUAAGAUGUGCUGUGAUUUCUUGAUGCAGGAGGUCAGUGUGGAGAACUGCAUGUACGUGGCCAACAUCGCAGACACGUACGGACUCAAAAGCACCAAAGAGGCUGCGCAGAAAUUCAUAAGGGACAAUUUCAUUGAGUUUUCAGAAACAGAACAGUUCCUGAAACUCACAUAUGAGCAGAUCAGCGAUUUCCUCAUGGACGACGCCCUGCAGCUGCCCUCUGAAAUCAUGGCAUUCCAAAUCGCGAUGAAGUGGCUAGAUUUCGACCAAAAGCGGGCAAAGUACGCAGCUGACCUUCUGAAUAACAUCCGUUUCGGUACCAUCUCUGCCCAGGACCUCGUGAACUACGUCCAGACCGUGCCGCGGAUGAUGCAGGACACCGAGUGCCGCAAGCUGCUCGUCGAUGCCAUGAAUUAUCACCUGCUCCCGUACCAGCAGAACCUGCUGCAGUCCAGGAGGACCAAGGUGCGCGGUGGCUUCCGGGUCUUGGUCACCGUGGGCGGACGCCCAGCCUUGACGGAAAAGUCCCUCAGCAAAGACAUUCUCUACAGGGAUCCCGACAACAUCUGGAGGAGGCUGACGGAAAUGCCGGCGAAGAGCUUCAAUCAAAGUGUAGCCGUCCUGGAUGGAUUCCUUUACGUAGCUGGCGGUGAAGACCAGAAUGAUGCCAGGAACCAGGCCAAGCAUGCUGUCAGUAACUUUUGCAGAUACGAUCCUCGUUUCAACACUUGGGUCCAUCUGGCUGACAUGACCCAGAAGCGAACCCACUUCAGCCUCAGCGUCUUCAACGGUCUCCUCUUUGCUGUGGGAGGACGCAGCUCGGAGGGCUGCCAGGCUUCAACUGAAUGCUACGUGCCGUCAUCCAACCAGUGGCAGAUGAAGGCCGCCAUGGAGGUGCCAAGAUGCUGUCAUGCCAGCACAGUCGUAGAUGGCAAGAUUUUGGUCACUGGAGGCUACAUCAACAAUGCCUAUUCCCGCGCGGUGUGUGCCUAUGACCCCUCAAGCGAUAGUUGGCAGGAUAAGGCGAGCCUGAGCACUCCCAGGGGCUGGCACUGCGCUGUGUCCCUUGGCGACCGCGCGUACGUCUUCGGUGGCAGCCAGCUCGGGGGCCGUGGGGAGAGAGUCGACGUCUUGACGGUUGAAUGCUACAACCCCCACAGCGGGCAGUGGAGCUACUCGGCCCCGUUACACACGGGGGUCAGCACGGCCGGAGCCGCCACGCUAGAUAAUAAGAUCUACCUGCUCGGGGGCUGGAAUGAGAUUGAAAAGAAAUAUAAGAAGUGCAUCCAGGUUUAUAACCCUGAUCUCAACGAAUGGACUGAUGAAGACGAGCUGCCAGAGGCCACAGUUGGCAUCUCAUGCUGUGUUAUUACUGUACCCAGUCGCAAAACGCGAGAGUCCAGGGCAAGCUCUGUGUCAUCAGCUCCAGUCAGUAUAUAGAUGACCAUACCAUAGGGAUUUACAGUACACCAUACACAGAUCAACACAAGAAUAUCCCCUAUCCACACAAGAGAUUGCUUUAGGUGAUAACUUUAAAAUAGCCAAAUAAACAGGAUUGUUUACAUCUAUGAUAAAACAAUUUAUUAAAUAUAGUAAUUCAGAUGUAAUAAAGUAAUUUAUUGAUCACUUUAACUUCUGCGUUGCACAGUAUUCCUCAUAUUUUCAACAGAUUUACUUUUCUAAAACGUAAUUUUAUACCUUCAGUGGUAAAACAUCUGAGAUCUGGUACAUUAUGUGAAUAAAAUAGCUUCUGCAUAAGCUAAAAAAAAUAAAAAUAAUGUGAAAUUUAUUCAAAGAUGUGUCAACCAAAUAGAACUUUUAAAGUCAACUAAAUUAAAGUUAAAUUUAACGAAGAAAAGUACACACUUUAAUAUCUCACAUAAAACACAAAAACAAAAGUUUGUCUUAUCAAUUGUUUUUUUUCUACAGAUCAUAAGCUUACAUAAGCAAUGUGGAUUUUUUUUUCUUUUCAGGAUUCAGAUACAUUUAUCAUGUGUAAAGCUGUGAAAAAAUAUCUAAAAAAAGAGAAAAAUAUUUGGAAAGAGGGAACAUGAAAGUACCUAGAAACAUUUGUACAGUACGUCCUAGCCUUUGUAACAUUAAUGUAGUGAUUAGACUAUGUGUGUAAUAAAGAUGAAAAAUACAUUCUAACAAAGAAUAGACAAUAUUUCACAAAAAAAAAAAACUUAACAUGUAGGAAGGACAUAGAAAGCAAGCUCUUUUUCCCACUGGGGCCAAUAACACAUUUGAGUUUUUAUCUGUCCUGUUUCCUUACUGCUUUCCCUAGAGUUUAACUCACAGCAGUGGUGUGGCUGUAACUACUUUCACAGCACGUUAUUUUGGUUGGAAAAGGGAGAAAACUAGCUGCUGCCCGGUCUGGUGUAAUGGUACUUCACUGGGGCUGACACCAGUGUGUGCUUUCUGUGACCUCACACAGCCACACAGCACCCGCCCUCCUCUUCAGGUGCUAAAGAGACGCAAACAGCCCCGUUUCCCAGACCAGGCAAGUGACGCUGCCAGUGCUGGAUGCAGGGGAUUUGUAUACAUGAACUAGAUGUUUCAGCCCUGCUUUGUAAAGUAAGGAAGCUGCAUACUAACAGUGCCCUGUGGCGGACUGGCGUCCUGUCCAGGGCGUACCCCAUCUUGCGCCUGUUGCUUGCUGGGAUAGGCUCCAGCUCCCCCCACUACCUUGAAUUGGAUGUAGAGGUUAGAAAAUGGAAGGAUGGAUAUAAUAACACCCUGAAAUUAGAAAGCUCAAAAUGAAAUAAUGUCCUAUGCACAUGCAGAUACAUAUCCCAGCAGCAUGUCUGUCAUAUGACACAGCUGUCAUUCAGUUUAAGACUUUAAAAAACUGGAAUCCUUAAUCUAAACCAGGGGAAAGGCUUUCCUGGGUACUAAAAUGUUUUAAAAAUGAUCAAGUUCUCUGGAAGUUUACCUACCAGGAGUAGGUUUACAGUAAUAAAACAGUUGACGUAGAUAUUGCUGCUAGUCUUAUGUAGCACACUGUAAUAUACUGACUGAGUAAACCAGGAUGAGAAAGAAAGAUAAACUGGAACUGCAGGGAGGCGAAUGGGACUGUGAAGGAGCCGAGAGAGGUGUGAAUGUGUUUGUUAGAACACGUGGAGCACGUUUUCAGCCUGGGCUGCUGCAGGGAAGAGCACACGGCUUACCCCCGCCAUUUCACGCGCUCUCCGGCAGCUCAUGUCGUUAAGUGUCUUUUCUUUCAAAUUAACGAAGCGAAACGGAUGCAGAUCUUACUGAUGCAGGGUGAGGUGAAAGAGAACUGGAACGCUUUGUUUCCAGAGGGUGUAUGUAAAAGAUUGGCUCCCAUGUUGGGUAUUUGACUGAGUUGGUAUAUCUCACCUCCUGUAUUGCAGUCAUGUUAAGAGCAUUGCAUCUUCAUUAAAAAUCUCCAUGAAAACAA